ACGGGAUCAUUUCGAACUGCGGGAACUGCCGAAGAUCCCGUGAUAGAAGGAUUACGGCCUUUUGUCUAUGACGACACGGGCAAGUUAGUUCGACGAAGUUUGCGCAGAAAUAUUGCUACGAAUAACUUCAGAUCUAAGCCUUCGAAGAAAUCUGGAAAUUCUAAGAAGCAGUGUAUGGUUGGGACUUCAAACGCCAUUAAUGGAGGCGAGUGCAGUACGACUACCACCACACCACAUGCUUCUAGCGACGAUCCGAUAAUAAUUGACGAACAAGAAGAUAAUGUUGAUGAACAAGAUAAUAUCGACGAGCAUGAAGACAAUAUUGACGAUCAAGACACUUCCAUGCUGUCUUUUUCCGGUGACUAUGCUGAUGAUUGCGCCGCCUCAGUAAAUCUCUCGAUACCUGACGAAACUGCUUUCACAAUUGAUUCUAAUGCGGUCGAUCACGUUGAUUCACUGUCAGAAGACUUUGUUGACCCUGAUGAAUCAGCGAACAUUGCUAACAAUGAUCGCCCUACCGUUCAGAUAAAUUUACCUUAUAUUGGUGGUACUUCCUCUUCGACGAAUCUUGUCGCAGAUGACCCAAUAAACAUUGUUAAUUUUGAGAAACCUUCAAAUUCGAUGAAUUUAUCAUAUAAUGGUGGAUCUGUCGAUACAACGAACAUGUACAAUCUCGGCAAUUCAUCCAGCUCAAACGUCCCCGGCGUCAAUAACUGUAUCAAUUCUCUGAACGCGAUAGCUGCCAACGACGCCGUUUUAACUGGCGUUCAAUCUGACGAUUCGGCCUCGAGUGAUGAGCUCAUGCUGUUCAAUCGAAUCAAUGAACACUGUGCUAAAGAUUGUCGCGUAGUCAUUGAACCGAAUUCUCUCAUAUCAUCGAAUGGAAUUGCAGUUAGCUCAUCGUCCAAUAGUUGUAGUUACAACAAUAAUAACAGAUCUACAAACUUCGCCCCUAUACAGCAGUUUGCUUUACCUGCCUCGAACUUAUCAUUACGUGAGAAUCAAAGUUCAGCGGUUCCUAGACCUUAUAACAGUGUUCUACCCCAAGGAGGUAAUUCCAUUAAAAGCUCGGUAAACCGAGGGAUCCAAACUGUGUGGUCGUCAACCGUUAAUCCAAGGGAUGAUACAACCAGGUCAUCUGUUACAAGAUUAGUUUCUCAAAGAGGAGAACCAGUUAGCUUUCGCACCAUGAUUUCUACAACUACACAACGCCGCAAUGAAAAUCGUUCGUCAGCACAACAAAUUUACAAGACGGCUACUAACUUGUCGGCGGCGAGUGCAAAUCCCACAUCAACUUCUAUGAAAUCGUCGGUUAACCCUUCGUCCAACUUUUCGAAUGGUAAUUUUUCAUCGAAUGACUUUCAAUCUGGAGAUGAGGAACGGAUUGCAACAGGUUACGUUAAUGAUUCUACAUCCUUUCGCGGCCCCACGAACAUUGACACACAUCAGUUUUCAUCGAAUCAAGAUAACCCCUGGGGAGGGGUUGAUGUAUCUGCGACUCCGGAAGUUAGAGUUGUUUCGUGGAUUAGAACUAUUCGUAAAAAUAAUGUUCCAGUCAACGCUACAUAUUAUCAUCAAACUCACCCGCAAUUGUCGAGUUAUUGUGGAACUUCUAAUUCACAACAUAAGAGAAUGUCGAUUGCUUACCUUUGUAGCAAUGAAGUUCUAGAAUAUACCGGUUCCCCUAACGCACCUUCAUCUCAGGAAGUACUCCCAAUUCAGAAGGGGAAGGCUAAAGAUAACAAGAGUGGAAAAAAUCGUGCCGAAUCGCCGGUCUACCGCCGAAAUUUCCGUCCCGGAACCGUCUGGCGAGUGGGCACCACAUCCCCACCAGGAUUACACAGAUACGUUCACAUGAAUCCUCUGAAACGUCUCUUCGAUAAUCCAAACCUACGCUUGGAGAAACUCCGUUGCUUUAAGCCCGGCUGGAACAGCGAGAAACUCGUGAUAGUCGGAGGAAAUAUCAAGUACCAAGGUACAUGGUAUCCUUUCGAUCACGCUAAGCGAGUUGUCGAAGAGGUUGUUGGGACAAGCACGGCGGGGUUUCAUCCCGUAUUUGGUUUUUCAGAUCGAGGCACUCCUGUGGCCUCCUCAAGUAAAAGACGGCAUGAUAUCGAAGAUUUUGAAGAUGGCGUGGCAGAGAUUAACAAGAGGCUUCGUAUUUGA